AUGGAUGGUCGUCAUAAAUCUGGUGACACUGCCGCUAGUGUCAUGCAUGAUCGGGGUAAGCCGCCUAACUUGCCUAAGGAUAUUUCCGAUAAAUCGUUGAACUUAGAUGGAGCUGAUUACUUGAAUGAGCCUGUGGUGGAGGAGAUGUCUACACCUGGUACAGCACCAAUUCGUGGGAUCGGAUUACGUGUAACUAAUAUUGAAGGUAACCCGCUGCUUCCGAGAAGAGGUAUGUAUUCUACGACGAAUACUUCGAUAUUGGAUGGUUUAAUGAGUAUUUCAACACCGGUGGACAACUUGUUCGCUGCUGGAGAGUCGUCGUCGAUGGCUAAUAAGGGUGAUAAGGCUGGUAAGGGGAUAGAGUCUUUGCAGGGUUCGGGUUCUAAUCAGAAUGGUGGGGAAAAGGGUGCGAAUAUGAUGUCUUAUGCUGAUUCGGUUUUGGCGUCCAAGUCAAGGAAAAUUAAUUUUAGAAAUCUAGCCAGCCCAGUUAUGCAUGAGGGAUGUGACGUUGUUCUUCCUCGGGAAUCUGUUCGUGCAGUGCAGCAUAAGUUAGCUAACACUUUAUAUGGUUAUUUCUUGGGUGACCGAGUGGCGUUCCCGGUUGUGGAGUAUUUUGUUCGUAAUAACUGGAAGAAAUUUGGGUUACAAAAAACCAUGAUGAAUGCGAAUGGCUUUUUCUUUUUUCAGUUCUCCAACGAAACUGGCAUGCUGGAUGCGUUGAAAGGAGGCCCGUGGAUCAUCCGGUCUCAACCGUUGUUUCUUUGUGAAUGGAGUCCGACUGUUAAGUUGGAGAAAAAGGAGGUUAAAAAGGUUCAGGUAUGGGUUAAAAUUCAUGACAUCCCAAUUGCGGCGUAUACAGAAGAUGGGCUGAGUAUGAUUGCCACAAUAAUUGGUGAACCGAAACUUCUGGAUUCGUAUACUACUUCCAUGUGUAUGGACAUGUGGGGCCGAAGUAGUUAUGCUAGAGCUUUAAUCGAGGUGUCUGCUGAUAAUGAGUUACGAGAGGAAAUCACUUUGGCCAUUCCUGAACUCGAGGGGGAGGGUUUCGUCAAAGAAACUAUGUAUGUUGAAUAUGAAUGGUUCCCGUGUAGGUGUUCUAAAUGCUGUGUUUUUGGCCACUCGAUUGAAAAUUGUCCUCAAACCCCUAAAAAACCUGCCAAUGUUAAGAAGCCUACUAAUGUUAAGAGGGGGGAGCAGAACGAUAAGGGUCAAGUGCAUGAGAAUCGUUAUGCUAAGAAGUAUCCGGUUGUUGAUGAAGAUGGGUAUCAAGGGGUUCCAACUAGGAAAGUUGCUCGCAAACAGGGUUUCCAAGUUAAUAAACAAAAACAGAAAUUUGAAUAUAGACCGGUGACUGCAAAACCGAAUGGGGAGGUGAAAAAGGAUACUUCUUCGAGAGCUACGGAUGUAAGGUCGAGUAAUCCGUUUGAUGUGCUUAACGAAGUGGAAGAUGUUGCAGGAACUAGUGGCACAAAGCCGGGGGUAAACAAUGAUGAGUCCGAUGAAGAUGAGGUGAUUGAGAAUGAUGCUGAUAUGGACGGGUUUUUAAAGGAGGGUACUCGUAAAACUAAAAGUAAAGGGGCAAGCACUCCUUCUCCGACAGUUAAUGAUGAAUCUCAUGUGGAUGUUGGUAAUUUGGGUAAGGUGUGCAAGUCAGUUUUUCGUUCGUGGGAGUGGACUUCUAACGGUGGUUGUUGUUACAAAGGCACGAGAAUUAUUAUUGGAUGGAACCCGGAUGUUUUUGAUGUCAUGAUUUUGUCUCAAUCUCCUCAGUUGUGGCAUAAUCUCUCAGUGCAUAAAGCCCUUGUCAUUGAUAAACCUUGGUGCAUUAUGGGUGAUUUCAACUCGGCUCUUAACAUUGAAGACAACUCUAUGGGAACGUCAUCGAUUUCUAUUGGUAUGAGAGAUUUUCAGGAAUGUGUGGAUAAUAUUGAGGUUGUUGAUAUCAACCGAAUGGGGAUCCAUUUUACAUGGACUCAAAAACCAAAGAAUGGGGUAGGUUUACUAAAGAAGCUUGAUCGAGUGAUGGGUAAUACAGCGUUUAUAGCGGAUUACCCUAAUUCAGUUGCCAUGUUCAAGCCGUAUAGGUUAUCGGAUCACUGCCCGUGCAUUUUAUCCUUCCCGGAUGCUGGUAUGUUGAAGCCUAGGUCGUUCAAGUUUGCUAAUUUUCUGGUUUUUAAACUUGAGUUUUCAGAUAUUGUUAAAGAUAAAUGGGAGACGUCUGUGAAUGGUGUUCAUCAAUUUAGGGUGGUGAAAAAACUCCGGCUUCUGAAACACCCGUUGCGCUCCUUGCUUUUCAAGCAAGGCAAUCUGCAUAAAAAAGUUGAAAAGCUGCGUGUGGAGCUGGAUUCUAUUCAGCUUCUUAUUGAUCGGGAUCCAACGAAUGCGGAGUUACGAGUCGCUGAGAGUUCGAUCAGUAGUCAGCUUCAAGAGGCUUCGUUAGAUGAGGAACGAUUUCUGAAACAAAAGUCAAAAGUUGAUUGGUUGAGUGCGGGGGAUAUGAACUCCGCAUUUUUUCAUUCAUCGCUGAAGGUUAGGAAUCAUGUUAGUCGGAUUGAGGGGAUCAAAGAUGCGGCUGGCAAUCUGUUUGAAGGAGAGAACGUUUUUCAACCAUUUGUUCAGCACUACGAGAAAUUUUUUGGAUCUCAAGGCGAUAUUUCUCUUACUCCGGCUCCGGAUUUAUUCUCCAAAGUCCUUGAUCCUCAGGUUGCUAUUCAUAUGAUUCGACAAGUUACGGCGGAAGAGGUGAAAAAGGCCAUAUUUUCUAUUGGUAUUGAUAAAGCGCCUGGUCCUGAUGGGUAUACAACAGCAUUUUUUAAAAGUGCCUGGCCUAUUGUUGGUAAUGAUAUUACUUGUGCUAUUGUUGAUUUUUUUGAAACAGGAAACCUUCUUCGGGAAUUGAAUCACACGAAUAUUGUGCUCAUUCCGAAAAUUCCUACUCCGUCAGCUGUUACUGACUACCGUCCAAUUGCGUGCUGUAAUGUGUUAUACAAAUGUAUCAGUAAAAUUGUGGCGGACAGAAUAAAAGUUGCUCUAAAUGACAUCGUUAGCAUUAAUCAAUCAGCAUUUGUGCCAGGACGAAGAAUAUCGGAUAAUAUUAUGCUGACUCAAGAAUUAAUGCAUAAUUACCAUAGACAUUCGGGCCCUCCAAGAUGUGCUUUUAAGGUUGACAUCCAGAAAGCUUAUGACACGGUUGACUGGGGUUUUCUAAAAAAUGCUUUGCUUGGUUUUGGGUUUCAUCGGAAGAUGGUUGAUUGGAUAAUGGUGUGUGUCUCGACGGCCUCUUUUUCUAUAUGUGUCAAUGGAACAGUUCAUGGCUUCUUUAAGGGCAAACGAGGGCUACGGCAAGGGGACCCAAUUUCUCCUUACCUCUUCACUUUGGUUAUGGAGGUUCUAACUUCCAUUCUGCAUCAAGCUGUUCGUAUCGAUUCUUCUUUUAGAUUUCAUAAUAAAUGCGAAAAACAGCAGAUUAUCAAUCUUUGUUUUGCCGAUGAUUUGUUUCUGUUUGCUAGAGGUGAAGUCAACUCGGCUCGGUGUAUUAUGACAUCCCUCGCGAAGUUCACUAAGAUGUCGGGACUAGUGCCUAGUAAUCAAAAAAGCACCAUUUUCUUUUGUAAUGUUACCAACCAUGUAAAAGAAUCUAUUCUGGAGCUCAUGCCUUUUGUGGAAGGAAAAUUGUCGGUCAGAUAUUUAGGGGUCCCCUUGAUCUCUUCUAGGCUUGGUUAUAAUGAUUGUCGAGUGCUUGUGGAAAGAUUAGAGAAACGUAUAACACAUUGGAGGAACAAGUUACUCUCUUUUGCGGGUCGGCUUCAGCUUAUUGUUUCGGUUCUAUCUUCCAUGCACAUCUAUUGGUCUUCUGUGUUUAUAUUACCGGCUAGGAUCAUUAAUGAGCUUGAAGCUUGUAUGCGUAACUUCUUAUGGUCCCAAGAGAGCUCGUAUUCUAAAGGCAAAGCUAAGGUUUCUUGGAAGGCUGUUUGCACGCCAAAAUAUGAAGGAGGUUUGGGCAUUAGACGCAUUGGGGAUAUGAACAAGGCUCUUAUGUCUAAACACAUUUGGAGCAUUGUUUCGAAACGGGAGUCUCUAUGGGUUGAAUGGGUGUAUAGCUACCGUCUUAAAGGCAAGAGUUUCUGGGUGUGUAAAACCCCUUCAAAUUGUUGUUGGUCUUGGAGAAAAUUGGCUCAGCUGAGGCCGCUCAUCAGAAAUCAUAUAUGGUCGGAGGUGGGAAAUGGUAUUAAAACUUCUGCUUGGUUCGACUAUUGGUGUGAUAUAGGUCCGCUCGGUAACUUUAUUUCGCCGAGAAACAUUUCGGAUGCUGAUUUCAUGAUGGACGAUACUGUGGCUAACAUUUAUUCGAAUGGUUCUUGGUCUUGGCCUAUGGCAUGGAGAGAUUUAUUUCCGGUUCUUAUCCAAUUGGAUCAGCUUCAUUUGGAUCCGUCAAAACCGGAUAGAUUGCUAUGGAGAGAUGGCACCGAUAAAUCUGAGUUUUCUUCUUCGGGUGUUUGGCAUUCAAUUCGGCACAAAGAUCCAGAAGUUAAUUGGUGCAACAUUGUUUGGUUCUCGCAAUGUAUUCCCAGGCAUGCGUUUAUGAUGUGGUUGGUAAUGAAAGGUAAACUCUUGACACAAGAUAAAAUCUUAAAUUGGGAGUUGUCGCGGAGGAAGAAUAUGAAUAUGAUGUGCUGCCUGUUAUGCUACAAAAAUUUUGACUCUCAUGCACAUUUAUUCUUUGAAUGCGAGUUCUCGUCUCAAGUGUGGCUGAUUAUUCGAAACAAGGCGGGUAUGGCUACGGUCAGACCGAUAUGGGCUGAUAUUGUUGAUUGGUUGCUGGCUCGAGCUCGGUCUAAAGCGGCUGGGUUUUUUGUUGCGAAAAUUAUGGUGGCUGCUGCCUUAUAUUUCGUUUGGCAAGAAAGAAAUGCUAGACUUUUCAAAAAUCAGUUGAGGCCUCCGGAGAAAAUCGGUGAAAUUAUAUUAUCAACGGUUAGAUACAAGCUGAUGGGAGCCAAGCUCAAGACUACUGCCAGAGUGUGA